CUUCCUCUCCUCUCUCCCCCUCUCUUCGGCUCUUCUUCCUUCCCUCUCUCCUCACACACGUAUUCUCUCCUCCCCAACCACUCUCUCUCUCUCUCCACACAUACACAAAAUUAAGCACAGAAUUGAAGCAGCUAGAGAGCACAUGCACACAGGCCAUAGGUAAACUUUUGCAAGAAACCAUCCGCUUGUAUUAUCUAGCUCCUAGAUCUAUCUAGACGACAACAGCAGAAACUCUGUAUGGAGCAAGAAGAGGUCGGUCUAGCCCUGGGCCUCUCCCUGGGCUCCGGCCACCACCAGCUCAAGGAACAGCCCUCGCCGUCGUCGCACUCGUGCACGCUGCUGGAGCCGUCGUUGUCGCUCCGCCUCCCAGCCAAAGACAGCCCGGCGGCACCGGUGAGGAUUGCUGCCGUGAAGCGGGAGCUGCGGAUGGAGGAGGACGACCAGGCUGCCGACAGGGCGCUUUACUCGGUGGCUUCGUCGGCACUGGUGGCGCCGGACGACGACGAAGGGUGCAACAGCCGGAAGAAGCUGAGGCUGACCAAGGAGCAGUCGGCGCUGCUGGAGGAUCGCUUCAAGGAGCACAGCACCCUUAACCCUAAGCAAAAGGCUGCUUUGGCUAAGCAACUGAACCUGAGGCCAAGGCAAGUGGAGGUGUGGUUCCAAAACAGAAGAGCCAGAACGAAGUUGAAGCAGACAGAGGUGGACUGCGAGCUUCUCAAGCGCUGCUGCGAGACGUUAACCGAGGAGAACCGCCGCCUCCACCGUGAGCUCCAGCAGCUCCGCUCCUUCAACCACCCCCACCCGGCCGCCUUUUUCAUGCCCGCCGCCGCUCUCUCCAUCUGCCCCUCCUGUGAGCGCCUCACCGGAGCACCUGCCACCACCACCACCACCACCACCGGCGGUGCAGACCGGCCCAAGGCGAGUGGCCCUGGCCGAGUAGCCCACUUGUUCAACCCUUUCACCAAUUCCGCCGCCUGCUGAACGUUUGGUCAAUCCAUUCACCCAUGAUUUAGGCAAUAGCAAAUCAUUGAAUCAUUAUAUGUAUAUAUAUAUAUAUAUACAUACAUCUUUAGCUAGCCAUUCUAUCUAGCAUCACCGAUAAUUCGCCGUCAUGUACUAGUAAUUGAUUGGCUAUAGAUAGCACAUAUUCUCCUCCCCUCCCCUUUAAUUCGUCAGCUUUGUUUUUCACAAGCUAAUGACUUACUAGCGUGUGAGGAGGAUGGAGCACCACGCAUGCAUGCAUCUAGGAAAAAGAAAUGUCUUGUUUGGUGUUGUUGGUGUAGCUAUAGCUUGAGUAGUUGUUACUGAUGAAUAUUUCCUUUUGUUCAUUGUCAGUCAGGGAAGUAUCAUCAUUAGAUGAUGAUGACAUGACACCACAGGCACAUCUCAGUUUAUUUGGAUGUGGAUUCAUGUAUAUAUGCCAAAGAUGUAUCUGUUUCACCAAUUCUAUAAUAUAUUGAUUUUUUUUAAAAAAAA